AUGAGCUGCAAUUACGCGGAUGGUUUAUCGCCAUAUGAAAACAAAGGCAUUUUAGGUUUACCAGAGCAAUUUGAUAGUCCUGAAACAGUCGAGAAGAAAUGCGCCGAACUAGUAGAUUGGAUGUUAGCCGGACGUGGACGUAUCGUAGUACAUACAGGCGCAGGUGUAAGCACCAGCGCUGGAAUACCCGAUUUCCGAGGUCCGAAAGGUGUGUGGACAUUGGAGGAAAAAGGUGAAAAACCUACCAUAAAUGUAUCUUUUAACCACGCAAAACCAACAAAAACACAUAUGGCGUUACGAGCGCUAACACAGCAGGGUUAUGUGCGAUACAUUGUCAGUCAAAACAUCGAUGGACUGCAUUUGAAGUCGGGGUUACCACGACAUCUCUUAGCUGAGCUGCACGGCAAUAUGUUUGUGGAUCAAUGCAACAAAUGCAGGCGCCAAUUCGUGCGCAAAACAGCGGCGGAGACCGUGGGUCAAAAGCCUUGUGGCGGCAGGUGUCGCUCUGGUGACGAUGGACGAGUUCGUGCAUGUCGUGGUGGCUUGCUUUUAGAUAAUGUGCUUGACUGGGAAGCUGAUCUCCCAGAGCGGGACUUAGACAUGGCUCUCAUGCACUCCACCUUGGCCGCUGUAAAUAUUACAUUGGGCACAACACUUCAAAUCAUACCAAGUGGGAAUUUACCGCUGAAAAAUAAAAAGUACGGAGGAAAACUCAUUAUUUGUAAUCUACAGCCUACGAAACAUGACAAACAUGCCGAUUUAAUAAUAUCAACCUAUGUGGAUGACAUAUUGGAAAAAGUAUGCAAACGCUUAGGCGUUGAAAUACCGGUUUAUGAUGUGUCUGAAGAUCCCACAAAAGCAUCAAAUGAUCGGAAUUCCGAUUGGACAAUCUCAGCUCAAGCUGUAAAGGAAGUAGAGAAAGAAUAUAAUGCCACUUUGAAGGAGCACAAAAAACAGCGGAAGUCUCUUAGUAAGAGUAAUGACAAAAUUGAAGUAGUGGCAAUUAAGAAGAGUAAGCACUAAAAUGCAUUAUGUGUGUAAAUAAAAGGUGAGGGACCUACAAUUUUACACUCUGAACGGCGGAACGGCCGCGUUUUGUAUGUUCAAAUUAACUUUUUUAGUACAGAUAGAUAGAUAGAUAUGAGUAGGGCAAGCACUGCGACCAGUAGACCUCUUGUGCCCUUAGCUUACACAACACUGAAUCCAGCCCCAGAGGCUAUGUAUUUUAGAAUAGAUUACGGGGACAGGGACUGUAUGUGCUUCUCUAUUGGCCAUACAUAUAUGUCCUAAGCACGGGCCACUUCGUAACUAAAACCCGCAGCAUUACUGCAAAGAACUAAACACUUUUUAAUUCAUAAACUAUAGUUCUUAGAAUUGCCUUAUUUUCGCAACUUAGUUUCAAUUCGGCAUCUAACCGUAUUUCCGCAUACUGGACAUAUUCAUCAAUUAUAGUUUAAAAAUAAAGAGCACAGUAUUUUGCAGUAACGCCGCAGCAAUGGAUUUACGAACUGACCCCACCCUCCUUUCUUCGUGCGAUUGCCUCACAAUGUUGACUAUUUGGCAUACAUAAGUCACUUGACCAGAUCCCCAGAUUAAACAAGUGGCCCCUGAGCCUGCAAAAACUCGUCAAAAUGCCUGUAAUAAUUCUUAGCCUAUCCUUGGUGAGGUUUGUAAGUAGCUUGUAUCUCUUUAGAGUGUACUACCCUAAUAAGCUCUUGGCUUGACGAAGUCGCGUAAUGUUUUGCCAAUGCCUUUCUGGGCGCCGUCUUUAUCGUACUGGGACCAGGGUUGGAAAAAA